AGAAAAAUAUGUGUCAAAAAUACCAUCCAGCACUUUGACUUUUCUAAUGACCUUUUUUUGUCCAAAAGUAUCUUCCAAAACUAUGAAAAAAAAACUCUUCCAUUUCCAAGUCCAGUAUCAUCUUUCAGUAACAGACAGCGAAGCCAGACUCCUCUUCAUCCAGUGCAUUAAAAUAAAGUUGUCGGAGGGAAGCAUGAAUAUCCAUGGUGGUGGUGAUGGAUGAUGGUGGUCCGGGCUACAAGGCUUGUCUGGCGGCCAUGGUGGGUGAGGUAGGGGCCGUAGGGCCUAAAUCUCUUUGAAUAGCAAUUAAGUGCGGUUUGGGGAUGUGCCAAGGCAUUCAUGAUUCAAAAUACCGACAAUGUUUUCUCUAGAAAGGUUUUCUGUAAAAUAAAUAAAUAAAAAUACUUUUUAAAUAUGAAAGUUGAGGUGGGCCAGUAGGGCUCUCUCUCUCUCUCACAAGUCACAAUUUAGUUGCGUUUGUCGGUGCAUAUCCAUAUCGAAAGUGCUAGAGAAAACACCUGUAAUUACUACUUUUGAUUACCUGAAUGCGAAAGCUCAUGUUUGGAUCAAAGAACACAUUUUGAUGGUUCAUUCCUAUACCUAAACAUGAUUCAAAAAUCCCAGUUGAUUUUGUGUGUACGUUUGUUAACGUUGGUAGUAUUCCACCUGUGGACGCCACCAUAUAAUAAUCAUUUCCUCUCUCUUUCUCUGACAGACAGCAAGUGUGAAUACAGAAACCCAGAAAAAAAAAAAAAAACCAUAUUGACAGUGCGAAUCCAAGAACUGCCUUUUUGACUUGUGAAUGCAGAGAAAUGAACCAAUCUUUUCUUCCUAAAACUUAGAAAGACGGUUCCUGAAUAUGAAUGCUAUUACCUGUUUUUUUUUUAUGCGUUCGGUGUUUCACACUGUUUGUCGUAUUCAGGAUCAGCCUUUUUAUUACCCAAACCCCUUUUUGGUAUAUUUCUUGAACUCAGAGUUUGAAAGCUCUUGAUCCGGAUUAUCAUCACCAUUCAUAGGACUAAAUCCAUGAGAAAAAUAUCCAUUUACUGAAAACUUUGAUAUGUUUGUUUGGUUAACUUCCAAGUAAUCAAAUCCCAGAGAUAGAGGUUAGCUAGUGUAUAAUCUGAAUUUUUCCCUUCCCCCCACACAAAAAAAAAAAAAAAAAAAAUAAAAAAAAUGAAGAUAUGCAAGCCAUUAGUCCUUUCUCACUAUUUACUUCUCCUCAAGAUUCUACUAUUGCUAGAAACAGCAAUUGGAAAUCCAAGAUCACACACAGUACAAAUUACGUGUGGUCAUCAGCUUGAGCACAACACAAGCAUCUUCGUUCAAAACUUUGUUGCUACCAUGGAAAACAUUAGCGAACAGAUGCGAACUUCUGGUUUCGGAAUGGUAGCAAUAGGUGAAGGACCUGACACCAGCUACGGUUUGGCACAGUGCUAUGGCGAUCUUUCUCCACUAGACUGUGUGUUAUGCUAUGCCGAGGCACGUACAGUUCUUCCUCAAUGCUUCCCUUUCAACGGUGGUCUAAUUCACUUGGAUGGUUGCUUCAUGAGAGCUGAAAACUAUAGCUUUUAUGACGAGUAUGAGGGACCCGGUGACAGGGCAAUGUGUGGGAACACAACCCAGAAGAGCUCGAGGUUCCAAGAAGCUGCUAGGCAAGCUGUGAACCGCGCAGUCGGUGCUGCACCAAGCAAUAAAGGCUAUGCCAGGGCUCAAGUGGGUGUGACGGGGACAAGUAAUGAAUCGGUUUAUGUUCUGGCUGAUUGUUGGAGGAAUUUGAAUCAAAGCUCUUGCAGAGCUUGUUUGCAGAAUGCUUCUGCAUCGAUAUUGGGAUGCUUGCCUUGGUCGGAAGGACGGGCUUUAAACACCGGUUGCUUCAUGAUGUACUCAGAUAAAGACUUUCUCAACAAGAAACCGGGAAAUGGAAAUUCACGAGCUAUAAAAAUUGUGAUUGCAGUCUCAGUUGUGAGUUCCGUGAUUGUUCUGGUAGUUGGGGCGGCUAUUGGACGCCAUGUGUGGAAGAACAGAUAUAUACAAAAGAAGCGAAGAGGUUCAAAUGAUGCAGAAAAGUUGUCCAAAACCCUGAAUGACAGUAGCUUGAAUUUCAAGUACUCUACUAUCGAGAAGGCAACCGGAGCUUUUGACAGUUCCAACAAGCUUGGUCAAGGAGGAUUUGGUACUGUUUACAAGGGUGUUCUUCCCGAUGGAAGAGAAAUUGCUGUGAAGAGGCUUUUCUUUAACAAUAGGCAUAGAGCGGCAGAUUUCUACAAUGAAGUCAACAUGAUAAGCAGUGUGCAGCACAAAAACUUGGCCAGGUUGCUUGGUUGCAGUUGUUCAGGACCUGAAAGCCUUCUUGUCUAUGAAUUCCUGCCAAACAAGAGUCUCGAUCGUUUCAUCUUCGAUCAAACAAGAGGUAAAGCACUAAACUGGGGAAAGAGAUACGAUAUAAUCAUUGGAACUGCAGAAGGUUUAGUUUAUCUUCAUGAAAACUCGAAUAUCAGGAUUAUCCACAGAGACAUAAAGGCCAGCAAUAUCCUAUUAGAUUCAAAGUUUCGUGCCAAAAUUGCAGAUUUUGGAUUGGCCAGAUCUUUCCAGGAAGAUAAGAGUCACAUCAGCACAGCCAUUGCAGGAACACUGGGAUACAUGGCUCCGGAGUACCUAGCUCAUGGCCAAUUAACGGAAAAAGCUGAUGUCUAUAGUUUUGGUGUGCUCGUAUUAGAGAUAGUAACCGGAAGACAGAACAACAGGAGCAAAGCUUUGGAGUACUCAGAGAGCCUAGUCACAACUACAUGGAAGCAUUUUCAAUCAAGGACUGUGGAAGAACUGUUCGAUCCAAACCUAAUGUUGCAGAACCAGAGAGAUAAUUACAUAAAGAACGAAAUAUUGAGAGUGGUGCAUAUAGGACUUCUGUGCACCCAAGAAAUUCCCUCAUUGCGACCAACAAUGUCAAAGGCACUCCAGAUGCUAACAAAGAAGGAAGAGACCCUUCCUGCACCAACCAGCCCACCUUUCAUAGAUGAAAGGACCAUGGAACUCAAUGACACAUGCGAGGAUCCAUGUUACCCCCUCAAUGGAGAUACUUUUGCUUCCAUUGCCAAUGUCACUCACAGUUCUUUCUAUCCCAGAUGAUCACAAGAGGGGAAAAAACAGAGAAAACGAAAAGUUUUCUAGAAAAUCCGGUGCUGGUAUGCAGUUUGGUUUUCUGGCAAAUGAGCAUACUCAUCGUUCCACAACCUUGCUUCGGCUAUUGCAGGUGUUUCACAGCCAUUUUAUGACGGGUGUUUUGAAGUUUUGAAGAGCUAAGAAUAAGUCAGAAAGGCAUGUGGGGAUUUGUAGAUAUGCUUCUGAGGGCAGUCGAGUCAAUGUCUGAGCUUCUAUGGCAUAGAGGAAAAGCAUUAACCCACGCCAUUUCAUGUCUUCAAAUCGUUGGCUAGUCUCUGAAUAUUUUUAUUGUCUAGUAUGGCAGUUUUUUAAUGUGCUUCAAUCUUCAUAAGUUCAAUACAUGUUUCUCAGGGCGGUCGAGCCAAUGUCUAAGCUUCUAUGGUAUCAAAGCAAAAGCAUAAACACCAUGGCAUUUCAUUUCUUAAAAUUGUUGGCUAGUCUCUGUAAAUAUUUUUAUUUUCUAGUAUGACAGUUUUUUUAUGUGCAUCAA